AUGGUGGCCAAGCCCCGGGCGCAGGUGCCGACGACGUCGCUGGGCCGCGUCGGCCAGGCGCAGGUGCGCGAUCGGAGUGGGCGGAUCACCGAGUAUGCUUCCUCGGACGACCAGUGCCCGAUCUGCAAGACGGAUAGGUACCUCUCGCCGCGUCUGCGUCUGCUCGUGAGUCCGUGCUACCACAAGAUGUGUGAGUCGUGCAUCGACCGCCUCUUUUCGCUGGGGCCUGCGGCGUGCCCGGUGUGUGGCCAGAUCGUGCGCAAGCAGCAGUUCAGUGCGCAGAUCUUUGAGGACCUGCAAGUCGAGGAGGAGGUGCAUAUCCGGCAGCGUGUCGCGCGGCUCUUUCACCGCCAGCCCGAGGACUUUCCUACGCUGCGCGCCUACAACGACUAUCUCGAGGAGUUUGAGGACAUUACCUUCCAUCUCGUGCACAAGAUCGAUGUCGAGCAUACCCUGGCGCGGCUCGCGCACUACGAGGCGCUGAACAAGGCGCACAUUGCGCAGCACCAGCAGCAGCGCGAGCAGGAGUCCGCGCAGCAGGACGAGGCCGAUGCCGUCGCCCGGCAUGAGCGCAUGCGCCGCGCGCAGCAGGUGCGCGAGGAGCAGGAGCGCGAGCAGCUCGAGCAGGACGCUGACGAGAAGGCGCUCGUCGCAGCGCUCGAGGAGGGCCGCGACAUUGACGACGCGAUGCGCGAGCGCGAGGCACGUCGCGAGGCGCGCGUCGCCGCCGCGCAGCAGCGCGAGCUCGCCGCCGCCGCUCGGCAGCAGCACGACGCCGUGCCGACGGCGCCGCGCGUCCUCAGCGCCGAGGCGCAGGCGUAUGCACACGAGGUCGGCCAGUCCGACUACGUCGGCGCGUUUGCAACGCUGCACGACGGCACGCAGUUGUGCGACGCGCGCGGCGCGCCGCCGUCCGCCGGCGGCCUCGGCGGCAGCGGCUACGUCGAUCCGUGGUGGCGGACGGACGCGGCGCUGGGCGCCCAGUUCCGCGCCGGCGGCUACGACUGGCAGCACGAGGUGUGGCAGCGCGGCCUCGCUUCGCUCUGUGACGGCGUAUCGCUGCGCCCUAUGUAG